CCGGGACACGAGGAGCACGCGGUGGAGGGCCCGGGCACGGACCGGGUCCCCUGAGGACGGACUCUCAUCAUAUUUAAUUAAUGUCUAAUUGUUUAUAUAUAUGUGUGUGUGUGUAUAAUCUCUGCCUGCAGGUGGCGUUGCUUCUCAUUAGUUGUCAGCUCGUGGUGAUGACCUCCUCAGGGUUUAUUUUGACCUGUGUUUUGCCUGUCAGGCUGAACCAGGUUGAAGCUGCAGGCUUUACUCCCGACACCCUGAACGUCUUUAUUAGUCGUAAUAGUUUUUUCACUUAAAGGAUGGAAGUAUUUGUAGUAAUUAUAAUAAUCUAAACUUUAAUGAAUCAACCAUGUUGGAGUGUUUUAGCUCCGCCUCUUGUUCUCAGUUUGGAGGUACAGAACGUUACUAAAGAGUCGGGGACCAACACGUUGAGCACCUUUAGGAGGCCGGGUAGACCUGUACAGAUCCCAGACCAGGUUUCAGCUCUGAGGCAGGAAACUACAAAGAUGGCCGCCACAGGGCCUCGCUCGCCGUCUGACGGGCUUUGUGUCCUCAGCUUCGGCUCGUGGUCGUCCGCUAAGGGCCGGUCGGCCUCCAUGUGGAACGGCCUCCCCGACCCGCUGCUGGCCGCCGCCCCCUGCAGAGACCACGUCCCCAGAGGCUCCGCCCCCGAGCCCUGGCUCCUCCCCGGCUGCAGCUCGGUCUUUGACAGCCUGGUCAGUAAUGCGCCUCCUCUCCCGUCUCCUCCUGCUCCCAGCGGCCUGAGAGGACGAGACCGAGCUGCCGUCAACAAAGUCUGCAGGCCGUCCAUUCUGGAGCGCUGCAUCCUGAAGGCGUCCAGCAGCAGCGUGGCUGUGGGGACGGACGACCUGGACACCAAGAGGCCCCCCUAUGACCGGGGCUGCCCCGUCCUCCCCGACCCGGCCACCACGGAGACCAACGGAGCGGUGCUGAAGCGGCGGCAGAAACAGAUCCAGUACGGCAAAAACACCAUCGGGUACCAGAACUACCUGCAGCAGGUCCCCAGACACCUGCGGGACGCUAAGCUCCACCCCUCCACGCCCAACAAGUACCGGAAGUACAGCCGGCGCUCCUGGGACAUGCAGGUGCGCCUGUGGAGGCGAGCGCUGCACCUCUGGGACCCUCUGAGUGACACGCAGCCCGACGACGGCGGCGCCCUGGACCCCGUGGAGCACCUGCAGAGUCAGCUGGCCAAGAUGACCUCUGACCUGUGUGAGGACGGAGGAGACCAGCAGAGAGAGAAGGAGGCUCCUGCAGCCUCUAAAGCCUCCUCUGUGUCCCCUCGCUCUCUGGAGCCGCCGGGACCCUGGAACGACCCACCGUCCCCGGUAACGCCUGAACGCACCGCCUCAUCGACCCCCUUUGCAGCGCUGCAGGAGGCGCGCCUGACGCUUGUCUCCCGUCAGGAGGCCGAGAUGAACUACAGGACUCUGCGUUCUCCUCCGGGGUUCAGCUGCUCCUUCAGGAGGUGGAGGACCUCCGGGGACCACGUGACCGACUGGCUCCGCCUCCUGCUGGAGGGCGACGGCGGCCCAGGUGAGCUCACAGAUCUGGGCUCCGAUGACCAGCAGGUCCCCGUGUUCUCCGAGCAGCUCCUGUGGAACCCGUACUGAGCCUCCACCGGGAGGCGGCCUCCGGUCUCCGGUGCGUCUUUGUCUUUUUUAAGAUGGUUGAAUCGUCCCGACAGCAGGGGGGCGCGGUGGACCCGGUCCACGAGGAGGACCGCGACCUGAAGAGAACCCAGAGGACCGCCUCCUCUCAGUGGAACGCUUGACCCCAGCCUGGAGCUCGUUCACACUUCUGUUGGAGCACCUCCUCUUCCUCACUACUAUGUUUAUUGAGCACUUGAGUCACUUUCUUCAUGCUCCGUCUGGGUCGGGCUCCUGCGCCUCCUUCCCUUGCCUCCUCCUCCCUCAACAGAACCCCUGUUAACGGGGGGAGGGGCUGUUGCUUUGUGUUGUGAGUUCUUUUACUUUUUUGUGUCCCUCGAUUGUCAUGUCGUGCUGCUCGAGUAUCGAGAGCGGAUCUGAAAGAUUGAUUAAUAAAGAUGUAAAUAAAGAGUUAGACUUCA